GGGCAGGGGUCUGUGGGGGAGGCGGGACCCCUGGGUCCUGGCACCUUAUCUGUGGGUGCCAGGCAGGGCCAUCCCAGGGUGGGGGCGGCAUCUCCCUGGGCCCUGUUAUCAGUCCCAGAGUCCACAGGACACUGCUUGGGUUAACGUGUAACCACGCACCAUCCCCUCCACCCGCAAAGCCUCUGGUGCCCACAUACAGGCCUCUUGGGGGGACCUCAAGCCAACAUGGACACCUGGCAAAAGGGGCUGCCCCAGAAGCCUUGUUCCUCAGCCCAACAGCCCCACGUGGGCAGGUGGCUGAGCCCCUUCUUUCUGGCCUGUGCCGCCUACUUCCUCCUCUGGAUCCCGGAGGAGCAGCCAUCCUGGGUCAGCGCCCUGGUCAAAUGCCUGCCUGUCCUCUGCCUGCUGCUCCUCCUGCGGGCCGUGGGCCCGGGCGGGCGCCACAGUACGCUGCUGCAGGGGGCCCUUCUGUGCUCCGCCCUGGGGGACGCCUGCCUCAUCUGGCCUGAGGCCUUCCUGCACGGCGUGGCUGCCUUCGCUGCGGCCCACCUGCUCUACCUCUGCGCCUUCGGCCUCACCCCCUGGCAGCCAGGCCUCCUGCUGCCCAUCGUCCUGGUCAUUGUCCCCUAUCACGGCCUCCUGCUGCUGCACGUCCCGCCUGCUGAGGUCCUGCCCCUGACGGCCUACGCCCUGGUGCUGGCCACUGUGCUGUGGCGCGGCCUGGCCAGGGGUGGCGGCGCCAGCUGGGGUGCCCUGCUCUUCACGCUCUCAGAUGCCGUGCUGGCCUGGAACACCUUUGCCCAGCCCCUGCCCUACGGCCGCCUGCUGGUCAUGGCUGCCUACUAUGCCGCCCAGCUCCUCCUCACCCUGACUGCCUUCCAGAGCCAGGGGCUCAAGACCAGCUGACCAGAGUCGGGCCGGGCAGUUGUCUGGCCUCCCAGAUGGGCGGGGAUGAGCUCCCUUGGGGCAGGCGCCAGGCUGGGGGCUCCUGUCUGCAGGCACCGGGUGGCACCCGCCUGCACAGGGCCCGCCUUUGCUCACACAGACCCUUGCUGGGUCCUCCCCCGCCACCCGCUGGUCCCCCUUCCCAGACGGCCUUUGGGACCCACCUGCCCCUUCCCUCUGGCUCUCAGCUGAUUCUUUACUGCCUAAGUAAAGUGGACGUUGAAACAGU